UCACCGGCUUUGUCUCUGCUGCAUGCCGUUUAAAGGGAACUGCCCCUUUAACCGCGUGGCCGUACUGCUCAUGCUCGGGGCUUUGUGCUGGAGUUUCCCCCUGUCAGAAACCAGCUGUGUGGACUGAAGAGCGAGAGCAGCAGGCAGGAGAAAGAAGCAGAAGAAGCGACGAUCCGGGGGGAGCUGCGGCUGUCGCAUCCUCGAAGGAGAACAAACCCGGGCAGAGGGGAGGGCGCGUCUUUGUCUGGGAACACAUCCAGCAGGAGAGAAGCGCACGGUCGUCUGAGCUCCGUGGUUUGAUUUUAUCUCCUGGAUUACAGCUUUUCCCCGCUGAGAGAGCAUCAUCCGGUCACGAUCGCUUGUAUUCAUUGGAAACUGCACACUGGAAGUUAUCUGGAAGAGUUGCUUGGACGCGCGUAAGGGGGCUUUCGAUGUGAAAGUGGAUGAAUACGAGAGGAAAUGCGUUCACGGGCUUUUUAACGUCGGAGCAGUUUCCAUCAAAGUUUCACCUCUUUGUCCCGUCCCGCAGCUUCUCUCCUGCAGCUCGGCAUGUUCUGACAGCGUAACUGCUGUUUUCCUGCGCCUUUCCCACAGGCGUCACAGCUUGCAGCCUCCGAAAAAACAAGUCUACCCGCGUCCAUCAUGGUCCUUGUUAGCGGGACACGUCUGCUCACCUGGACCAGGUCUUCACAGAGCAGGUCCCGGGAAGUGUUGAAAAUAUACCUGGGAAUACUGAUGAUGCUUCAUCUCGUGGUCCACGCGGAAGCCUCCUCGGUGUCCAAGUCUUGUGAUAAAAGCUGUUUUUCAGGGAAGUGUAUCAACGGGACCUGCGUGUGUGACCACGGCUGGGUCGGGGAUCAGUGCCAGCACUGUCAGGGAAGAUUCAAGUUAACAGACCUGUCAGGCUCUCUCACAGAUGGUCCAUUCAACUAUAAGUACAAGACCAAGUGCACUUGGUUAAUAGAAGGAUUCCCCAACGCUGUACUCAGGCUUCGCUUCAAUCACUUUGCCACAGAGUGCAGCUGGGACCACAUGUACGUCUAUGAUGGAGACUCCAUUUACGCCCCUUUGAUUGCUGUCUUCAGCGGUCUAGUGGUGCCAGAGACCAGAGGUAAUGAGACAGUUCCUGAGGUUGUGACAACGUCCGGCUACGCUCUGCUUCACUUCUUUAGUGACGCUGCCUACAACUUGACUGGUUUCAGCAUCGCCUACUCGAUAAACUCUUGUCCCAACAACUGUUCGGGCCACGGCAGAUGCAGCACUGCGAACUCGGUCGCAGGACGUGUGUACUGUGAGUGCGAGGAGUACUGGAAGGGGGACGCAUGCGACAUCCCUUACUGCAGAGACAACUGUGGCAGCCCAGAUCACGGCUACUGUGACCUGACCGGGGAGAAGCUGUGUGUCUGCAACGACAGCUGGCAAGGUCCAGACUGCUCUCUUUCCGUUCCCUCCACUGAGGCUUUCUGGGUGCUGCCCAGCAUUAAACCAUCUGCUCAGUCUCUGGGUCGAGCGUCCCACCGGGCUCUGGUGCAUUCUGGGUUGAUGUGGGUGGUGGGAGGUUACUCCUUCAACUACUCCAACUACCAAAUGGUCCUCAACUACAACCUAGAGACCAGCACGUGGGAUGUGGUGCCUGUCAGCAGCGGCCCUCUCUACAGAUACGGACACUCACUGGCUCUGCAUCAGGAUGACAUCUACAUGUUUGGCGGGAAGUUGGAAGCAGGUCCUGCUAAUGUGACAGAUGAGAUGUGGGUGUUCAACAUCCCCAGGCGUACCUGGUCGUUACGGAAACCAGUCCCGCCACCUCCUUAUGCCCUGGAGGGACACACGGCACACGUGGUGGAGCUGGCCAAUGGCGAGCCAGUGAUGCUCAUCAUUUUCGGCUACUCACCAAUCUACAGCUACAUCAAUAAAGUGCAAGAGUACAACAUCAGGUCUAACUCGUGGCAGGUUGUGUCUUCCGGAGGUGCAGUGGUCCAGGGAGGUUACGGUCACAGCAGCGUGUAUGAUGAAGCCAGUGGCUGUGUGUUUGUCCACGGGGGAUACAAGGCACUAAAUAACAACAAAUACGGCCUGGUGGACCACAUGUACCGCUACCACGUCCACACAAGAAUAUGGUUAAUCCUCAAGGAGAGUGGUUUGGCACGGUACCUCCACUCGGCGGUGCUGCUGAGUGGCACAAUGCUGGUUUUUGGGGGAAACACUCACAAUGACACAUCUCUGAGCAACGGAGCCAAGUGUUUCUCUGCAGACUUUCUGGCUUAUGAUAUUGCUUGUGAUGAGUGGACUGUCCUUCCCAGACCAGGCCUGCACCGGGACAUCAACCGCUUUGGACACUCUGCUGUGGUUAGCAACGGCUCCAUGUACAUCUUUGGAGGCUUUUCUGGUAUGCUUCUGAACGACGUGCUGGCUUACACGCCUCCAUCCUGCCAGGCCUUCUCUAGCCCAGGUUUGUGCGCCGCUGCCGGGCCAGGCGUUCGUUGUCACUGGGUGAAAAGUAGAUGCGCCCCCUGGAAGCCGAAACCACCCGACCACAUUUUUCCUGCUCCUUUCUGCCCUGCUCGGCCUGACAGUACAGAUGAGCAGUGUUUCCGCUUCUCAGACUGUGCGAGCUGCACUGCCAACACAAGAGGAUGUCAGUGGUGUGAGGACAGGAAGUGCAUAUCUGCCUCAAGCAACUGCACUGUGCUGACUCUGGAGCUGGCCCAGCAGCAUGGCGGCGCUCUGUCUCUGUCUCCCCCUCCGUCCAUGUUGUCUGAACAUCAGCUGAGCUUGUGGAAACACGGAGCCAGGAGAAGGGGACAUACGGUAAGAGACUCAUCCAGGUGUAAGCGCAGGGAAGAGCUGGAGUGUUUCAGGCUGGCCAGCUGCAGGAGCUGCUUGCUGAACGUCAACUGCCAGUGGGAGCCACAGCAGCAGGAGUGUCAGGCGUUGCCUGGCCAGCUGUGUGGGGAUGGCUGGCACCAGGUUGGCGAGGUCUGCCUGAGGAUCAACUCCAGCAGAGAGAGCUAUGACAAUGCCCAGCAUUAUUGCAAAAACCUUGGAGGAAAUAUUGCUUCUUUGUUGACAGACAAACAGGUCAAUUUUGUUCUGGAAGAGCUACAAAAGUAUCAGCUACAAGACAAGAUGUUAUCUCCAUGGGUUGGCCUGAGGAAGAUUAAUGUGUCGUACUGGGGCUGGGAGGAUGCAUCCCCCUUCACCAACACCACCCUGCGAUGGUCACCUGGAGAGCCCAGUGACUCAGGCUUUUGUGCUUACUUGGAACAAGCUCAAAUGGCUGGUCUUAAGGCCAACCCCUGCACUGCCACCACUGAUGGCCUGAUCUGUGAAAAACCUGCUGGGAGUCCCCAGAGUCAGAGUGCUCGUCCCUGUAAGACGCCUUGUGCUCUGCGCACCAGCUGUGCCAACUGCACCAGCCAGGCCAUGGAGUGCAUGUGGUGUGGAAGUACUCAGCGCUGUGUAGACUCCUCUGCGUAUGUCAUUUCCUUCCCCUACGGCCAGUGUCUGGAGUGGCAGACCCAGGAUUGUACUGCCCAAAACUGUUCAGGUCUGAGGACGUGUGCCGAGUGUCUGGAGAGGGUGGAGUGUGGUUGGUGUGGUGAUCCCAGUAACACCGGUAGGGGCGUUUGCAUGGAGGGCUCCUACAGAGGCCCUCUAAAGCCUGUGACCGCAAAGGCAGGGCCCAGAGACCGGGAUAAACUGCGAGACAGGGACACUGUGGUGGAUCAGGGUCUCUGUUCAUCAGACAGAGGCUACAACUGGGCUUUUAUCCAGUGCCCCGCAUGCCAAUGUAACGGUCACAGCAGGUGUGUGAACGGCAGCGUAUGCGAACACUGCGGAAACCUGACAGCAGGGACGCACUGCCAGAGCUGCAUGCCUGGUUACUAUGGCGACCCCACCAAUGGAGGGAAGUGUAAUGCAUGCAAGUGUAACAGCCAUGCCAACGUUUGCCACGUCAACACAGGAAAAUGCUUCUGUACCACCAAGGGCGUCAAGGGAGACCAGUGUCAGCUAUGUGACUCAGAGAACCGUUACCUUGGUAACCCCCUUCGAGGAACCUGUUAUUAUAACCUGUUGAUCGAUUACCAGUUUACCUUCAGUCUGCUUCAGGAAGAUGACCGCUACUACACUGCCAUCAACUUUAUGGCAACACCUGAACAGGCCAACAAAAACCUGGAUAUGUCCAUCAACGCCUCAAACAACUUUAACCUGAACAUCACCUGGUCCUUAAGUUCAACCGCUGGAACCAUCUCAGGUGAGGAGAUGCCCAUCAUAGCGAGGAUGAACAUUAAAGAGCACCGUGACAGUUUCUCGAGUGAAAAGUUUAACUUCAGACUUCACCACAACAUCACCUUCUACGUGUAUGUGUCCAACUUCAGCUGGCCAAUCAAGAUCCAGAUUGCUUUCUCUCAGCACAACAGCAUCAUGGACCUGGUGCAGUUCUUCGUUACCUUCUUCAGCUGUUUCCUGUCGCUGUUGCUGGUGGCUGCUGUAGUUUGGAAAAUCAAACAGACCUGCUGGGCCUCACGGCGUAGAGAGCAGCUGAUGAGAGAGCGACAGCAGAUGGCCAGUCGUCCCUUUGCCUCGGUCACUGUAGCACUGGAGGUUGGUGAUGACCAAGAGGAGCUGCUACAGGCAGUGCCGAAGCCCAUAGCCAUGGAGCCAUGCUGGGGAAGCAGAGCAGGUGUUCUCACAGUGCUACUGUACCUGCCCAGAAUCCCAUCUGGAAUACCUCCACCUGGACAGUCUGGUAUCGCCAUAGCCAGUGCACUGGUCGACACGUCACAGCAGCGAGUGAUGGACUUAAAAGAAAGAGCCCUGGGUCUGAAGCACCGCAAACACAUUGUGCACCAUCAAGGGACCUGUGUAUGAACUAUGUGCCCUCAACGAGGUACCACCGCAUCCAAAACGUCCAAAGGGGAAUUUCACUGGACACACUAUUUUUGACUUUAGACACAAUGGAGAAUUGUGAACACAAAGGCAAAGCCUGCAAAAAAAAUAGGGUUGGAUGAUCCUUGACCUUAAAGUGGUUUGGAAAGAGGACAGAUAUGGAUUGAAGCAUACAGAUGGGGCGAAACUACUCUCUUCACAGGCACCCAAAAGGGGUAAAUGGUACUUGUAGUCUUAUUCUUCCUUGGACCAGAUACAAGGUUUUUGUCAUUGUCCCUCGUCUGUAUAUUUUCAGAGAAGUACUUGCAAAGUGAGAAUGUCUCUCCACCACAGCUUUCUUUGAAAUUUGCCACGACGAGCUGGCAGACCUUUUCCAUUUUCAUGCCAUGUGGUUUUGUCUCUCCCGGGUUCUACAGUCUGCCAUAUUGACAGAGAAAAUAAAAUAGAACUUGUUUUUCACCAAACAAAACUAAAUGACUUUGACCUCCAGUCAAAAGAUAUUGAUAGUUGAUAUAAAGUCCUCCUGAUUUACAAACCCAAUGAGACUCAGGAGCAAAACCAGUAAAGAAGAACACCGAUUUAACUAGAUAAUUGCAAAAGUCUUUAGUUGGCGGAGGUCUAUUACAAUGAUUCACUAGAGGAAAAAGUUUCAUUUGCUAAUUUUGAAGUUGUGAAUUCAAAGAACUGCAUUUUUGCUAUGAAGCUCAUUGGAUGCAAGUAAAAAAAAAAGUGUUUUAUGAAAUAUGUGUGGUUUGUUUUUCCCUACACAGUUGAAGUUAUAGGUUUUAAUAUCUGCUCAGGUCCUCUGUGAUGAAAAAGGUCCAUUAUCUGUAGCUCUGGGCCUUAUAUACACACAUUUGUAUAUGCACUAUAAGUGAAAUGCUUUACCCGUACAUUAGAACCCUCUGUGGAAUUUUAUUAUGCAACUGAUCUUCCAAACAUGAUGUUUAUUCUGGGCUGCGAUGUAACCUCAAGGUCGGUAUCACACACAAACUACUGAUGGUGUUCAUAUGCCUUUUUUAUUUUUUCAUUACUGUGAAGCUACCAUAUACAUCCUCCCUCAUGAUAUUUCAAGUCUGUUUAUCUGUAACACAAACUUUAAUAUAACACAUCUCAGUAUAUAUUAUUUAUUAAAAAUGCAAAAUGCGGUUUAACAUUUUUUAAUUAACUCACAAAUUUUUGUUUUUGUUUUCUUUUUUUAAACAGAAACUGUAGAUAAUUAAUUUUAUAAAGGAAGUCUGUGCAGUAAUCACAUUUCUUUGCUUGUGCCCUCAGUGUCUUUAUUCAUUUCUAACUCUUUAUUUUGUACAUCACAGAACGUUUCAUGUGAUGUUAAGAUGCUUUCCCUUUAUCUCUCGUAUCAAACCUCCAUUUAAUGUUGUAAAGUCACCUUUAUCAGCUGCACUGCAUACAAAGUAACAUGAUGUCUUGAUGCACAUGUAUUACCUACUGUUUUCUUUCAGGCAUUUUGAUGUAAUUUUGCACCAAUUUGUUGCUGAGAUUUGGAUUUACAAAGGGCAGCUCACCACCGUGUAUUUGUCCAUAUGAGCAUUAAAUCUGCACAUUUACAAUUUAAAAAGAAUAAAUGCUUCUUUGUGUUGAUAUUCAGUCUGAAACUGUGUGUACUGUUACCUCUGGUGUUGGGAAACCGCAUUGAU